UCAACAAAACGGCAGACAACGCGCGCGAGUCGAACGGUGCUGAGUUCCGAAAAUGAGCCAAAUCUGCGACAUCCAAUUGGAGAGGCCCAGUGGGGUCUACCAUGCCGGCGAGACGGUAAAUGGUCACAUUUACCUAACUCUGACGGAGCGUGCCCUAAUCAAAGCCAUUUUUCUGGAGUCGAAUGGCUAUGCAUCAACGUCAUGGGACACGCCCAAGAAAUCAAAGAAGGCUAAGCCCGGCAGUGAGCCAGAAGUCAGGCCGUACCUUCACUUUGGCCAGCGUGUCGACUACUUUGCCAAGGUGGACUACUUUGUGGGCUCGGAGGCGGCGCUGCCGCAGCUGAUGGCUGCAGGCGCCUAUCGCUACGACUUCAGUGUGCAGCUGCCCGAGGGUUGCCCCAGCAGCUUCGAGGGGGCGCAUGGCCAAAUACGCUACACGCUGCAGCUGCACGUGCAGCGGGGCGGGGAGCAGCCAACGGAACCGGCCUACGUGCGGCAUCUGGAGCUGAUUGGGCGUGACCCGAGUCAAGAGGCGCAACAGCUGCAGCAGCUGGGCGAGCAGCCCUGCGAGGUGAGCGCCGUCGAGCUGCGGCCGGCAUUGAAGUUCUGGCACCGUGCCCUGCAGCUGCAGCUCAAUGUGCCCCGGUCGAGCUACGAGCCCGGCAUGGGCAUCUCGGUGCACGUGCAGUUGCACAAUGGCCAGCAGCUGCCUCUGCAGCAGAUCACCUACAAGCUGAACCAGGUGACCACCUAUCUAGGCAGCCAGCAGGAUAGGCCCAAGCGCAAGGCCCAGCAAGUGGAUCGUCGCCCCCUGAUCAGCAGCAGUCAUCAGUUAGUCACGUGUCCGCGCAACGAGCUGCUCAACUUCCAGCACCUGCACACGCUCCAAGUGCCACAGAUGCCCCCCACGAUGGGGGCGAAAGUUUGCGACUGCCUUCACUUUGGCUACGAGCUGGAGGUUCUAGUGCAGACCAAGAAUCCCCAACGUUAUAUCUCAGCUCGAAUGCCCAUCAUCAUAUAUCAGGCGCCCAGCCCAAAACAGGAGUUGGCCUUUUCCCAGCCAGUGGGCAUCGCCAGUGCGCCGAGUCGAACCCCGGAGGCAAACAACUUCUCCAUGGCUGCUCCUCAGCUGAGCGCCUCCAUGAGCUCGUUGCCUUCUCAUUUUCGUGAGGCCGAGUUCAUGAUAGCCACCAAUCUGAACAAGGAUAAGCACGCCAUGUCCGGGGAACAGAUGGAUUUUAGACCCCGUUAUCUCUACUACGAAAUGGAUCAUGCUGAAGCGGAAAAAAAUCUCUAG